AUGAGAGAACCUCAUGUUGAUGAUGCUGAUAUCGUAGAAGCUGAGGGUGAUCCCAUAUCUAAGCUUCUAAUCAUAUUACCACGAUUAAAGAAGAAGCCAAUUCAAUUGCAGUGGGACAUUAGAGUUUUUGGAGUUGAUAGCUCUGAUGUUCCACUAUACAUAUCUCUGCCUGAUGCAUUAGAGAUUGUUGGGGGAAACUCCAUGUUAAAUAUAUCUAUCAUACAGCUGUGGGCCAUGUACAUGGACAAAUUGAGUGUGGAGCAAGCACAAGCAGAAGUAUAUGGAUUUAUUGAGCCUCAAUCAAUCCAAAAAUCAGGAAACACUCAAGUCCAGAUCCAGCAAUAUAUGCAAACAUGGAUGAGUGACUCAAGAAGAGAUAUAUUCAUGGCUCCAUACAUUGACGGGUCCCAUUGGCAAUUAAUGGUAAUCAUUCUUAAGGAAUACACCAUGGUGUGGUUUUGUUCACUACAUCGAAAACCAAGCCACAAAGUUAAAUGCCAAUUACAAGCGCAUGACGAGAGUCUUUGUGCUAUAUUUGUUAAUUUAUGA